AUGGUCUCCUCAGAAGACCUUUUUCUGAAUAGGGCGAAGUUUGUAAUGAAAUAUUUAGGAGUUUGGGUUUUAGCAGACAAUGCUUCAUAUUUCCUCAAAGCUUAUCGAGGGUUCAUGAUCACUUUGCAAUACUUAUUUUUGAUUUUUCAAACGAUUUAUAUCAUCCAAGUGUGGGGAGAUUUAGACGCAGUUUCGCAAGCGUCCUAUUUGCUGUUCACACAGGCUUGUCUUUGUUUGAAAGUCACCGUUUUUCAGAUAAAUAUGCCUAUGUUGAAGGAUUUGUUGCGGUUGAUGGAUGCAAAGAUUUUUAGACCUGAAAAUGAUGUUCAUGAAAAGUUAUUGGAAUUGCAGGCAGCCCGAAUAAAGAGACUGCUGUUAGCUUUCAUGGUCAGCUCACAAAUAACUUGUGGCAUGUGGGCACUGAAACCAUUGUUCGACGACGCUGACAGGAAAUUUCCUUUCGAUAUGUGGAUGCCAGUAAGCCCAGAAGAUGCUGUGCAAUACUACAUCGGUUAUGCUUUCCAACUAGGAACAAUCUGCAUUAGUGCUUACAUGUACUUCGGUGUGGACAGCGUCACAUUUUCUUCAGUUAUCUUCGGAUGCGCCCAGAUUAAUAUUAUCAAAGAAAAGCUGAUGAGUAUAACUUCUAUAAAAGAGAAACGUGGUACUAAAGCGGUGGAUGAGGCCCUAGCAGAAAACUACAACAAGCUGGUUGAUUGCAUUAAGCAUCAUCAGGCGAUUGUCACAUUUACAGAACUCGUGGAAAACGCUUACCAUCCAUAUCUGUUGUUCCAACUAAUUGGCAGUGUUGGAAUUAUUUGCAUGUCUGCGUUAAGGAUUUUGGUUGUGGAUUGGCGCAGCAUGCAAUUUUUCUCCAUUCUGACGUACCUGUCUGUUAUGAUCAGUCAACUCUUCGUCUGUUGCUGGUGCGGCCACGAACUUACUGCUACGAGUGAAGACCUGCACAGAGUCCUGUACAAAUGCUACUGGUAUGAACAGGACGUCAAGUUUAAGAGGGAGCUCUGUUUUGCCAUGAUGCGUAUCAGCCGUCCUCUCGUCCUUCGCGCUGGACACUACAUAAUCCUGUCGCGACAAACUUUUGUUGCAAUCCUUCGAAUGUCCUACUCUUACUUCGCAGUUUUGAACCAAACGCACUAA